AUGGUCGACAAUGGGAGCUCGACUGAUAUUCACUUUUGGGAUGUGUUUGCCAAAAUGGGCUUUGAUCCUAGUAGACUGCAACCGUCACCCACACCACUGGAGGGAUUCUCCAGAGAUGUAGUACAACCCUUGGGAGCCAUAACCCUACCAGUCACAGCCAGGAAAGGAGCACACACCACCACCAAGAUGACCAACUUCCUAGUGGUCAGAGCCCCCUCAUCUUACAAAGCCAUAUUGGGGCGUCCAACCUUGAAUAGCAUCGAAGAUGUCAUUUCAACCUAUCAUUUAAACAUAAAGUUCCCGACGAAGGUGGGAGUAGGAGAGGUACAGGGUGAGCAAGCCCCGACACAGGAGUGCUAUGUACAAGAAAUCAAAACAGGGAGAAAGGAUGUCCGUACGCUGGAAAACCAAAAUCAGGGCGAGGUUCCACCCCUACAACCAGUCCUCCUUGAUUGUGAUGUAGAAGCGCAAGAUGAAGAAAACCUGCAACAAGUAGAGGCAAAUGAGCCACUGGAGCUAGUGACAUUACACCCAGAGUGA